AAAGGUUUUCAGGCCUUGACCCCUCACGCCCCGCGCCUCCAGCCUCGGGAGCCUGGAGUCCCCGGGAUGGCCUCAGAGAGGGACAGACUGCCAGCCCAGGAGGCGGUGACGUUCCGGGAUGUGGCUGUGGACUUCACAAGGGAGGAGUGGCGCCUCUUGUCCCCUCCCCAGAAGGAGCUGUACAAGGAGGUGAUGCUGGAGAAUACCCGGAACCUGCUCUCUGUGGGCCUUCUAGCUCCCCCAGAAGAUGUGAUCUCUUACUUGAAGCAGAAGGAAGCCACAUGGGUGCUGGAGCAAGAAGGCCUAAGGAGCUGCUGCCCAGGAGAGAGCAAACCUGAAAUGAAGAUGAAUCCAAUAGAGAUGAGCCCUUCUGUGGAAAAAAUGGACCUACAAAAAUUCAUGAGUGAUGGUCCCGAUAAUUUUGCUUUCAGAGAGUUCUGUGUUGCACCUCAACAUUCAUCCCAUAUUGAACAUGAGAGAAUGCACAGUGGGGAGAGACCUUAUGAAUGCAAGGAAUGUGGAAAGACAUUCACAAAUAAGUCCAAUCUUGCUAAACAUCAGAGGAUCCACACUGGGGAGAAACCUUAUGAAUGCAAUCAAUGUGGGAAGACAUUCAGGCGGAGUUCUAGUCUUGUAGUACAUCAGAGAAUCCACACUGGGGAGAAGCCAUAUGAAUGCAAGCAAUGUGGAAAGUUAUUCAGUCACAGCUCCAGUCUUGCUGCACAUCAGAGCAUCCACAGUGGUGAAAAACCUUAUGAAUGCCAACAAUGUGAAAAGAAAUUCAGUCGGAGUUCCAGUCUUGCUGUACAUCAGAGAAUCCACACUGGGGAGAAACCUUAUGGAUGCAAGCAGUGUGGAAGGACAUUCAGUCAGAGCUCCUAUCUUGCUGUACAUCAGAGAAUUCACACAGGAGAGAAACCUUUUGAAUGCAGGCAGUGUGGAAAGACAUUCCGUCAGAGCUGCUAUCUAGCUUUACAUCAGAAAAUCCACACUGGAGAGAAACCUUAUGAAUGCAAACAAUGUGGAAAGACAUUCAGUAUGAGUUCCUAUCUUGCUAUACAUGAGAGAGUCCAUACCGGGGAGAAACGUUAUGAAUGCAAACAGUGUGGAAAGAAAUUCAGUCGGAGCUCCAGUAUUGCUGUACAUCAGAGAAUCCACAGUGGGGAGAAGCCUUAUGAAUGCAACCAAUGUGGAAAGAUAUUCAGUCAGAGAUCCUAUCUUGCUGUACAUCAGAGAAUCCACACUGGGGAGAAACCUUAUGAAUGCAAGCAGUGUGGAAAGACAUUCAUAAAUAACUCCAGUCUUGCUGUACAUGAGAGAGCCCACACUGGGGAGAAACCUUUUGAAUGCAAGCACUGUGGAAAGACAUUCCGUCAGAGCUCUGAGCUUACUGCACAUCAGAGCAUCCACACUGGGGAGAAACCUUAUGAAUGCAAGCAGUGUGGAAAGACUUUCAGACUUAGCUCCCAGCUUACUGUACAUGGGAGAGUCCAUACUGGGGAGAAACCUUAUGAAUGCAAAGAGUGUGGAAAGACUUUUAGGCUGAAGUCUGAUCUUGCUAUACAUCAGAGAAUCCACAGUGGGGCGAGGCCUUAUAAAUGCAAGGAAUGUGGAAAGACAUUCAGUCAGAGAUCCUAUCUUGCUGUACAUCAGAGAAUCCACACGGGGGAGAAACCUUAUGAAUGUAACCAAUGUGGAAAGACAUUCAGUAGGAGCUUUGGUCUUGCUAGACAUGAGAGAAUUCACACUGGUGAGAAACCUUAUGAAUGUAAUCAAUGUGGAAAGACAUUCAGUCGGCGUUCCAAUCUUGCUGUUCAUCAGAGAAUCCACACUGGGGAGAAACCUUAUGAAUGCAAGCAAUGUGGAAAGACAUUUCGUCAGAACUCUUACCUUGCUAUACAUCAUAGAGUCCAUACUGGGGAGAAACCUCAUGAAUGCAAACAGUGUGGAAAGACAUUCAAAGUAAGAUCUAAACUUGUUACACAUCAUAGAAGCCACACUGGGGAGAAACCUUUUGAAUGCAAGCAAUGUGGAAAAGCAUUUAGUCAGAAUGCCUAUCUUGCUGUACAUCAUAGAAUCCACACUGGGGAGAAACCUUAUGAAUGCAAGCAAUGUGGAAAGGCAUUUAUUCGGAACUCUAGUCUUGCUGUACAUCAGAGAACCCACAAUGGGGAGAAACCUUAUGAAUGCAAGCAAUGUGGAAAGGCAUUUAUUCGGAACUCCUAUCUUGCUGUACAUCGGAGAACCCACAAUGGGGAGAAACCUUAUGAAUGCAAACAUUGUGGAAAGACAUUCCAUGAAAGAUCUAUACUUGUUGUACAUCAGAGAAGCCACACUGGGGAGAAACCAUUUGAAUGCAAGCAAUGUGGAAAAGCAUUUAGUCAGAACUCCUAUCUUGCUGUACAUCAGAGAAUCCACACUGGGGAGAAACCUUAUGAAUGCAAGCAAUGUGGAAAGGCAUUUAUUCGGAACUCCUAUCUUGCUGUACAUCGGAGAACCCACAAUGGGGAGAAACCUUAUGAAUGCAAACAUUGUGGAAAGACAUUCCAUGAAAGAUCUAUACUUGUUGUACAUCAGAGAAGCCACACUGGGGAGAAACCAUUUGAAUGCAAGCAAUGUGGAAAAGCAUUUAGUCAGAACUCCUAUCUUGCUGUACAUCAGAGAAUCCACACUGGGGAGAAACCUUAUGAAUGCAAGCAAUGUGGAAAGGCAUUUAUUCGGAACUCCUAUCUUGCUGUACAUCGGAGAACCCACAAUGGGGAGAAACCUUAUGAAUGCAAACANCUAUCUUGCUGUACAUCGGAGAACCCACAAUGGGGAGAAACCUUAUGA